UGGGUGUGUAUCUGUGUGUUUUGGCGGUACUUUGAGUUAAUUCUGACUCUGCUAUUAUAAGACUUCAGGUUGGAGUGCUGCGAAUUGGGAGGGGAUAAAGAAUUAGCCAGGCUAAAUCUGGGGGGGAUUAUCAGAAAACAGAAAAAGUGCUUGUGCCUUUGUCCAGCUAUGCUCCCUGCUUCCACCAUCUAACUCAUGUACAUAUUUGCAUUGUGUUGGCCUGUGUUUCCUAUUGUUUCUAGUGUUCAAAUGAAGCCAGAAUCAUCUUCGUCAUCUCAGAACAUGGAUUUGAUUUCCAGUACCUGACAGUAACUGUGCCGAGGUGUUUGUGAAUAGCCACUUUUGGAUUCUCGUACUCCACAGGGUGAGCCAGCUGAGAGGCAGUGUGCUGUCCUGCAUCUGACUGGAUAGGAUGGGUGAUCCAGCGGAGGACAGAGGGAAGCUGACCAGCCAACAGGAACUGUGUGUCCCUGACAAGCAGGCCACCAAACGCUCCUGCUGUUCCACACUCAAGCUGUUCAUCGUGGCCCUGUCGUUCGCCUACUUCUCCAAGGCUCUGUCAGGGACCUACAUGAAGAGUGCCAUCACCCAGAUAGAGAGACGCUUUGACCUGUCCAGCUCUCUCAUCGGACUCAUAGACGGAAGCUUUGAGAUGGGUAACCUGCUGUUCCUGGCUGUGGUCAGCCAUUUUGGGGCAAAGCUGCACCGGCCCAGACUCAUCGCUAUGGGCUGUUUCCUCAUGGCUGUAGGAUCCUUCCUCACAGGCCUGCCACACUUCUUCAUGGGACGCUACACAUUUGACACAGUCAUCCAAGGCUCAAUGAAUGACAGUGUCAGUAUAACUCCAUGUCUGGACCUUCUAAAGCAGACAGACAUCCCAGAGAUCCAGAUGGAGCCAUCUUCUGACUUCAACACAGACUGUGUGCGGGACUCCAGCUCCCACAUGUGGAUCUAUGUGUUCCUGGGGAACGCUCUGAGGGGGAUAGGAGAGUCACCCGUCACCCCACUAGGUAUCUCCUACAUCGACGACUUCGCUAAAGCUGAAAACUCUGCUUUUUACAUUGCAUGUCUACAGACCAUCACACUGCUAGGUCCCAUGUUUGGUUUCCUGCUGGGGUCGUUGUGUGCCAGACUCUAUGUAGACAUUGGAUAUGUCGAUCUGGAGACUGUGACCAUCACUCCCAAGGAUGCCCGGUGGGUGGGGGCCUGGUGGCUGGGUUUCCUGGUCUCCUCUGUCAUUAUGCUCCUGUCAGGCAUCCCCUUCUGGUUCCUGCCCCGCUCGCUGCCCAAGCAGGGAGAGGAGAGCAAGCUGCUCCCCAGCACCACUACUCAGGAUGGGGCAGGGAACAGCGACGCCACCCCACAUCAGACCAUGACGCUUGCUGUGAUUGCAAAAGGUUUCAUACCGUCACUGAAGAAGCUACUGAGCACACCAGCGUACUUUCUGCUUCUGUGUGGCAGCAUCCUGAAGUUCAACUCCUUCAUUGGCCUGCUCACAUUCAAAGCCAAGUACAUGGAACAGCAGUUUGGCCAAUCAGCAGCCAGAGCCAACUUCCUCAUUGGUGUGUUGAACCUGCCUGCUGUUGCUGUGGGGAUAUUCCUGGGCGGUCUACUGAUGAAGAGGUAUAAGCUUGGCGUUGUGUCUGGAGCUCAGCUGUCUUUCGUCACCUCCUUCAUGGCCUACCUCCUCCUCCUUCUGCAGUUUGGCACUAAGUGUGACAACGUUCAGGUAGCUGGGCUGACCGUGUCCUACAACGGGACCCCUGGUGUGGUCUCUGAUGGCAGCCUGUUGUUGUCAGAGUGUAACAGAGACUGCUCCUGUUUGGCUGGGGAGUGGGACCCUGUGUGUUCAGACAACGGCAUCACCUACACCUCCCCCUGCCUCGCAGGCUGCUCCAGCUCUACAGGAUACGGCAAGAACACGGUAUUCCACAACUGCAGCUGUGUGUUGUCCUCCCCUGCACCGGGGGGCAGUAUGUCAGUAACAUUAGGCCAGUGUCCUCGCAGAAGAGAGUGCAGCCACAGCUUCACUUCUUACAUGGCUGUGUCCGUACUCAGCUCCUUUAUCAACUCCCUUGGGACCACACCUGGAUACAUGGUCAUCAUACGGUGCAUCAAGCCCGAGCUAAAAUCCCUGGCGUUAGGUAUACAAACUUUGGUGAUGAGAACCCUAGGGGGUAUUCCAGCACCAUUGUACUUCGGGGCUUUGAUUGACACAACAUGUUUGAGGUGGGGGAUCAAGAAAUGCGGGGGCAGAGGUGCCUGUCGAUUGUAUGACUCUGAUAUGUACAGGGUGAUCUUCCUGGGCCUCAUCACAUGUCUUAGUGGCUCCUCCUACUUUUUCAUCAUUGCAGUCAUUGUUCUGCUGAGGAUACAGUUUAGGAGGGAGGGGGACACCACCACGGGACAGCCCCCACAGUCAUCGCUAGAGAUCGAACUUCAGACUCCCCCCAAAACCACUGAACCCCUCAACACACCGAAAGAGAUUAAGGUGCACACCCCCAAAGAGGGAGAAAGAGAGGGAGAGGCGGAAGAGGAUAACUCCCUCCAAACACACAAAGACACAGAGGAGGAGGAACGUGGGGAGAUGCUGGGUCAAACUCUGUGUUAG